AUGAACUUUGCUUUUACAACCUUUGGCCCAUCUAAGCUUUUCUCCAGUUUAAUAGUCAUUACUCAUGAGAGUCAAUGUUUGUUGAAAAUUAAGAAAGCAACAACAAUGAAGCUUCUUAUUCUUGUUUUCUUGUUCACGGUGCCUUUUAUUGCUGCGAUUUUCCUCGAAGGUGGUGGUGGAGUAAGACAUCAUGGUGGAGGUGGUGGAUUCUCAUCAUCUUCCUCUUCUUCUGGAUCUUCUGGAUCUUCAGAAGAACAUGGACACCAUCAUGGGCAUAGGCCUCCAAGUAGACCACCCCAUAGACCACCACGACCACCCCAUAGACCACCACGACCACCCACCAGAGAGCAGUGUGAUGAUGGAUGGCUGGAAUUCCAGAGACCUAAUGGGAUUUGGUGUAUUUUGGUUGGUUUUUCGGGAGUAACCAAUGGAUGGUACUUUCAGCAAGAUGCUCAGAAUACUUGCACCGGUAUGGGACCAGUACUCACUGGAUUCCAAAAUGAAAACGAGCGUAUGAAAGUGGCAGGGGUGGCGCUGGACAAAUUGACAGCACUAGGACAGACUGUAGGAGGACUUUGGGUUGGAGCAACUAAUCUUCCGGGAUGCAGAGUUUUUAGCUGUGGACCCAAUAACACGUUUCAAUGGACCGAUGGAGAAACAACAGGAACUGAAGGUUUCAAGUGGGGGAUCGGGGAACCGGAUAACAGUAAUUGGCCAGGAGACACGGCUUGCAUUCAACAGUUCAUCGUUGCUCCAAACUAUGUCGGUAUGUGGAAACCUUAUUUUGUGAAUGGGGAUCUUGACAAGUAUCAAUGCGUUUCGCAAGCUACUCCACCGCCCAGAUUUUAUAUAUGCGGAAAGAGAGGAGUCCGCAGAUAG